UACUAUGGUAAAAACAGGAAUAGUACUUCAAAUCAUGCUAUUAUUUACUGUGAAGCAGCAACAGAAUGGACAAACAUUAAAAGUAAAAGUGCUACAGAAAUUGACAAUAUAAUUAAAGAAUACAACUCACCUAUAUAA